AUGAAAUCGGCCCCGGGGGCGGCCAAGCCGGAGCAGGCGCCGGUCGAAUACCGCGAAGAUUACGACGUCAAGUUGGUACAACUGAACAGGCGGUUGGCUGAUGCCAGGACCCAGCACCGCCGGGCCAGGGAUGCGCUGGACGAAUGCGAGGCUGACUACGUCGGCACCCGGGAACGGCGCGAGAUGGUGCUCGUCGAGAACGUCCGCCUGAUCUCCGAACGCCAGAAGUCCAUGGACAGGCUGGUGGCCGAGAAACAGCGACUGGCGGCCGAGGUGAACAGACACUGGUCCGUCGUGGACGCGCGGUACGAGAGCAGGCUGGACCAGUUCGAGCGGAUGUUGACGCGACUGAAGAUGGACGCGGACUUCGUCAGGACCAGGUUCGAUACCGCGACACAGAGGAUAGAGAACAAGACCAACAUGUUGGACAAGAUCACUCGGGCGUUGGAGAAUGCUCGCAAUCUCAAGGAAAAUGAAUCGCGAGAGUGGAAGUGCAGUUAUUUCAAGAAAUUGAUUGACGAAAUUAGAACGAUCGUGGAUAAGGCAAAUCAAUACGUAACCACCGAAGGACAAYCAACGUCUCUUGACACGACCGACUUUGAAUGGUUAUUGAACAAGGGCGCAGUCAGACAAUUUUCUACUUGCAAGACAGUGUCCAUACAGACAUACGAUUAUGACGUAGAAUUGAACUUAAAUCAAUCAUACACAGAAUGUAACGGAAACAAUUCACAAAUGUAA